GUCUAUUUUUAGUGGGUGACUGCCCGCAGAUAAGAGUUAGCUGCACGCUGCCCGGACUCAGAGUGUACAGAGCGCAGCUCCGAGCAGAGUCAGCAGCAUUACUGCAAGUAAGAGCUGGGACCCGGCUGAGCCCAGGGGAGGGUGGACGAGAGGCCGGGGAGACAGCACCGAGGACCGGGGACAACUCACACAACUUCCCGGGGACGCCUUUGUAGACCCCAGUGACUGCCGGCCCCCUGCCUUUCUCCCAGUGGCCCGGUCACGGAGUGUAUGACUGCUAGGAUGGAGCCUACUUUCUACGACGAUGCACUGAGCGCUGCCUUCAGCCAGCCCGAGCCUGCCGGGUACGGAUACAACCCUAAGGUGCUGAAGCAGAGCAUGACCCUGAACCUGUCCGACCCGUCCAGCGCCAUCAAGCCUCACCUGAGGAACAAGGCUGCGGACCUCCUCACCUCUCCGGACGUCGGACUUCUCAAGCUGGCUUCCCCGGAGCUGGAGAGGCUCAUCAUCCAGUCCAGCAAUGGGAUGAUCACUACCACCCCUACUCCCACACAGUUCCUCUGCCCUAAAAAUGUCACGGACGAGCAGGAGGGCUUUGCGGAGGGCUUCGUCAGGGCGCUGGCAGAACUUCAUCACCAGAACACCAUACCCAAUGUACCUAAUGUACCCGCUGCCCCCCAGCCCCCUGCCAGCACUGGACUGACACCGGUCCCCUCCAUAGCCGGUAACAAUGGAUACAGUAACACCUUGCACAACGAGCCUCCUGUCUAUGCCAACCUGAACAACUUCAACCCCACUACCAUCAGCACCACCCCUGCCUUCAACAGCAAUGCCAUGGGCUUCCCCUCCCAGCAUCACGCCAGCCCGCCCAUGCCCGUCCAGCACCCCAGGCUGCAGGCUCUGAAAGAAGAGCCCCAGACUGUGCCCGAAAUGCCCGGCGAGACCCCUCCUCUCUCCCCCAUCGACAUGGAGUCUCAGGAGAGGAUAAAAGCCGAGCGGAAGCGCAUGAGGAACAGGAUCGCAGCCUCCAAGUGCAGGAAGAGGAAGCUGGAACGCAUCGCCCGCUUGGAAGACAAAGUGAAAAACUUAAAGUCCCAGAACUCUGAACUGGCGUCCACCGCCAACAUGCUCCGGGAGCAGGUCGCCCAGCUCAAACAGAAAGUGAUGAAUCACGUCAACAGCGGCUGCCAGCUCAUGUUAACGCAGCAGCUGCAGACGUUCUGAGCGAGCGGGACUGGCCGGGAGCGAAGAGCCAGGAAAGAGUAUACGGAGCAGAGAACACGAAGCGAAGAUUUCAGGUUGGAACUCCUGAUUGGAGGAGGAAUCAAAAAUAGGCGUCCGUGAUCUGACUGUUGAGCACGCGUGCGCGAGGGGGGUCUGCCCGGCCUUCCGUCGGCGUGAGAGGUGGUUGGGCCGAGAGCAGAAUCAAUUCUACAGCACCAGGCCUGUGCGUAACAUUGAGACCUGCAUGGACCCUUUUACGUUGUAUCGAUCGUUCAGUAUUAAGGAUAAACCUGCUAUACGGACUGUAAAACUUCUGUAGUUCUCAUACAGAGGAGUGAUAUAUACGGGGAGGGGGGCAGUUGUCUGAUUUUUUUAUUUUAAUUUUUUUUUAUGACAAAUUCUGCUUGUCUUUGACCUAAUUCUAUAUUAUAUAUAAAUGUGUAUAUAUCUGUUUUUUUUAUAUAUUAUAAAAAAAAAAAAAAAAAAAAAAAAAAAGAGGCUGACAUGUGUCAGUAGAAGCGGCUUUGAGCUCUUUGUAAAUUAUAUUUAUGUUCUUAUUUUGGGUCUCUCGAGAACCCAUCAUGGUCUGUACAGAAGAAUAUUUGAACUCUUUUUGAGUUUAGCCUUUGUAAUAAAGUUGAAAUAAUUUUUUUUCUAUGUUUUUGAUUGGUUUUUGUUCUUGUUUCCACAUUGUCCUAUAAACUAUUUAAGAAAAAUUUU